CCGGACGGGACGGUGCCGAUUAUAAGCGAAAGUAAAGACAAAUAAUGCACUAUUAUAGGCCAACUAUGCAGUCAUCAAGGCGCGGGGACAUUGCGACACACCGUAAAACACAGGGAUAAGAGUUAUCCGACUGGGUAUAGGCAAAUCUGGUGUGUUUUACAGCAAAGUAGUUGGAGGAACUUGUCGCAGUGGAUUCAUCCCAGCGUGCUGCCAGGAUUACCAUACACAAGUGGAACAAUAGUCUCCUGCAGCAGAAGCACUAGCAGCCUGUGGGCCCCUGUGGUGUGGCUGAGAAGAUGGACAGGAUGAAGAUAAUCAAGCGGAGGCUGUCCAUGUCUCUACGCAGCGCUCGGCCCGUUGAUGACUCCCUGUCCGAACUGGCAGAACAGAUGGCCUUGGACGAGCCAACCGCAGCCAGAGACAAUGGUAUCGUCCAUGAGAAUGUGAAGAUGGGUUCAGAUGGAGAGAGUGACCAGGCGUCUGGGACGUCUUCUGAUGAGGUCCAGAGUCCAGUCAGGGUCCGUAUGAGGAACAACCACCAUCGGCGCAUCUCUAAUGAGGACAUAAACAAACGUUUGUCUCUCCCAGCUGAUAUCAGGCUACCGGAGGGCUACUUGGAGAAGUUUGCCAUGAACAGCCCGCCCUUUGACAAACCCAUGAGCCGCAGGCUACGACGCGCUUCACUGUCUGAAAUCGGCUUUGGGAAACUUGAAACCUACAUCAAACUGGACAAACUCGGAGAGGGGACCUAUGCUACAGUGUUUAAGGGUCGAAGCAAGUUAACAGACAAUUUAGUGGCUCUGAAAGAGAUCCGAUUGGAGCAUGAGGAGGGUGCGCCCUGCACAGCUAUCCGAGAAGUGUCUCUACUGAAAGACUUGAAGCAUGCCAAUAUUGUCACUCUCCAUGACAUUAUCCACACUGACAAGUGCCUGACACUCGUGUUUGAGUACUUGGAAAAAGACCUGAAGCAGUACAUGGAUGACUGUGGGAGCAUCAUGAGUGUUCACAAUGUCAAGAUCUUUCUGUUCCAGCUGUUACGAGGUCUGGCGUAUUGCCACAGAAGGAAGGUCCUCCACAGAGACCUAAAACCCCAGAACCUGCUCAUCAAUGAAAAAGGAGAGCUCAAACUGGCAGACUUUGGUUUGGCACGGGCCAAGUCUGUCCCUACAAAGACCUACUCGAAUGAAGUUGUGACAUUAUGGUACCGGCCACCAGAUGUGCUUCUAGGAUCCACUGAGUACUCUACACCAAUUGACAUGUGGGGUGUGGGCUGUAUCUUUUAUGAAAUGAUCACAGGCAGACCUCUCUUUCCUGGAUCGACUGUGGAGGAUGAGCUUCACCUCAUAUUCCGCAUCCUUGGUACUCCUACAGAAGAGACUUGGCCAGGCAUCACCACCAGUGAAGAGUUUAAGACAUACAAUUUCCCCCGAUACAACGCAGAACCCCUCGUCAACCACGCACCCAGAAUAGACAAUGAUGGUCAUGAUUUGCUGUCAAUGCUUCUACAGUUUGAGGCUAAGAAGCGUGUAUCAGCUGAGGAUGCUCUCAGACACUCAUAUUUUAGAAGUCUUGGAGAGCAGGUUCAAUCACUGGCUGACACCUCAUCCAUCUUCUCCGUAAAAGGCAUUCAGCUCCAGAAAGAUCCAGGAAAGAGAUCCUCAGUCUACCCAGAGUCAACCCAGGGGAAGAGCAGGAGGCAGAGUGUGUUGUUUUAGUGCUGGCGGGGGCGCUGAGGUGAGGAGGACAGUGAC